GACAACAAGAGGUGUGGCAGCUCAACCUUAGCCCGGCUUUCGGUCUGCCCAACGUUUUGCGUGGCUAACAAUGUGCCUCUUCGCCAUUUCAUUCGUUCACCGACCAGACUGCGAACAUCUUGUCCCCUAACGGUUAUUGCUCGAACGAACCUUAUCUCUAUAAUGAACGGUUUAGUGGCUAUGACGGCCGUGACGACGAUGUUGCUCGCAGCGAGUGAGUGUUCGGGAGGGCGGCGCGCAGUCGUGCCGCGUUGGCUUCGAUCACUUGCCGCCCCGAUUUCUGCGCUUUCCCCCUUUGGGUGGUUCGUUAAAUCGGAAACGACAAAAAAGUCACAACACAACCUUUUUCUAAUUGGCCAGUUCAACAACAAGUCAUCCACUUUGUACCUGUUGUUCAAUCAUGCGCACCCCGCCAUCGCAGGUGCACGCUGCCCUCGCCCUCUGAUCUCGAGCUCUCCCCGUCCCCCAUCUGCUCCAUGGCCCAACCUACCUCUGCUUCUCUCGUUUCUUGUCGUUUGCGGCCCUCCCACAAAAAUCCCGUCGACGGAUACGUUUAAUCGUUUUUUGCAUGUCUGUUUUCUCGCGAGAGAAUGCUGUCCAGUCAGGCCUAGCUGCGUCGCCAAAGUUGAUGUCGUGGUCGAACUCCGUCUCCCCGCCCAACCACGACCCGUAUCCAUGGUCCGCCAGCGAAUACUAUAAGCAUCGGACUAUGAAGUGUGAAUGAUAUGCGCACAUUUGCACAUUAGCGGGACUUCUGUGCUUUCUUUAUUGUCCCUUGUUUCUUCACGAUACUGUUGCUGCUGAUGGUUGUUAACAAGCAUCUACCAAUUCCCUUUGGUUGGAUCUUGGGGCCCUGUCAUUUCUCCGCCCGCACUUGCUAAUCGUCACUCUGG